UUUUUCGUUGGACUCCGUAUUUCGUUAAGUAGAGCUAAAGCAGGUUUUUUUGACAAUUCUAAAAUAUGUUCUUUUUUUUUCGUUUUGAAAAAUUAUUAUUUGGGAAUUUGUUUUAUUUCGAAAUGUUCUUUUUACUCUGAUACAGAAAGAAAAUGAAAUAAAAUAUGAGUAUUAUUUCUACAGAAUAAUGCAGCGGAGGCUGUGUGAAGAGGAGAUGCAUCUCUUACGAUACUUCAAAAUAAAAUUCCAACUUCCUGAGAGAAGUAGGCAGCCAUUAUUACCAUGGCUUAUGUUGAUGAAAAUAUAAAAUAUAUGAACUUUUUAAAUCGUAGUGGUGAAAUGUUGAUAAAUAAUCCGGGCGGAUCUUCUAAACUGAACCGGUCAUCAUUUUACGCAGAGAAUAUAUAACAAUAUUUAUAAUGGCAGCCAUCAUCAUUUCGUCUCAUAUCUUUUUCCUCUCUCAAUAUUUUGUGUCAUCCACUGCUAUGUCAAGAUAACACUAACCAGUUCUGUGUCAUACCUCCCCCCACUUAUAGUAUCCACUAUUCUAAUGUAAAUGUUCAGUAAUAGACGUAAAGAAAAAAAAAUGAAUAAUAAAAUUAAACUGGUUAGCUGCUACACUUACAAACAGAUUGAACGUUGUCUAAUUACCCAGAUUAUAUUAAACGAUGUAUUGAUUUUCUAAACCGUAUAGCUCUAAUUUUCCUUUGAUAUAAACUGAGAUUAUGUAUAACCAUUUAGUCUGUUAUCGUUAUAAACAUCGGUGUGGUCUUAUUUAAUAUAGAAAAAUUAUUGGAUCUCGUUAGCAAUUAGGAUUAUGUAAGAUAUUCAUGUUGAAUUAAAGCGAUACUGCAUUGUAAGGUUAUCGUAAAGCUAUCAACUGGGCGGGAUAAAAAAAAAAAAAUCCUAUGUUCUCUAACAUCAUCUCAACAUUAAAGUGAAACAAUAAAGCUUCUCUUCAUUUCGCGGGAAAAACUAAUGACGACACCGGGAAUACUCCGGACGGCGUUGUCGCCUAACAACACCAUGCUCAGUCAUGGUUAUUUCUAAUAUAUAAAACAUAGUGUAUUUUACAUAUACUGUUUAUAUACGAUUCGAACUGCGAUGUUCUCUUGACAAAGUGGGUGUGUGCUACGCAGUGUAGUGAUAAUCACAGACUCGGGAAAAUCGACGCUUCGUGCCUUGAAUCGAUUAAUGUCACCUCAUUACAACAUCAAAUGACAUCAGAUUUAAAGAAUUUUUAACCUUAGUUACACUGUCAUUAGUUAUAUUUUGAAGACUAAUGGAAGAAACUCCAUGCAACUGAUAAAAAGUCUGUUUAUAAUAACUGUUAAGAUACCAAUAAAAUAUUUCCUUUGAAAUGAGACUAAAAGCAUAAUUUCUCUAAUUCACUGCUGGGAAUCUGUACAAGAUGAUUUUGCAUUCCAAUUAAACUUGGACAUAUUUACUUACAAAGGUGUUUGAGGCAUUUUCAGAUACUGAUGAAGAUCAUAGUGAUGGAAGUAUAGCUGAAGAAAUAUUUGUUUGGAAUAAACUAUAACACAAGUAAAAGAAUGUAGCCAUAUGAUAUGGUUAGAGAAGAAAAACAUUGGGAAAAUUAACUGUGUGAGAAAUUUAAAAGGUUGAAUUUUUUUCAUCUGAUAAGAUAGGACAUUCAUUAUGUUACUGUGAUAUUUCUGAAAUGUCUCUAAAAAGAAACCUAACUACUGGAGAGAUGCUAUAUCACUGUGAAAUCUGUGGUAAAUCAUUUUCUACUGGAAGUCACUUAACUAGACACAGACACAUUCAUACAGGAGAAAAGGCUUUUCUCCUGUAUUGUGAUAUCUGUGGUAAACCAUUUUUGAAUGUAAGUCACUUAAUUAGACACAAAUAUAUUCAUAUGGGUGAGAAACCAUAUCGUUGUGAUAUUUGCAAUAAAUCAUUUUCUGAUGACAGACAUAUAGCUAGACACAAAUGCAUUCAUACCGGAGAGAAGCCACAUGCUGGAGAGAAACCAUAUCAUUGUGAUAUCUGUGGCAAAUCUUUCUCUUUAAAUGGCCACUUAACUAGACACAAAUAUAUUCAUACAGGAGAGAAACCAUAUCGUUGUGAUAUCUGUGGUAGAUCAUUUUCGGAUGGAAGUCAUUUAACCAGACACAAACGUGUUCAUACAGGAGAGAAACCAUAUCAUUGUGAUAUUUGUGGUAAAUCAUUUUCUGAUGAAAGUCACUUAACUAAUCAUAUACGUAUUCAUACUGGAGAGAAGCCAUAUCAUUGUGAUAUUUGUGAUAAAUCAUUCUCUCAGAAAGGUAAUCUCACUUCUCACAAAAUUAUUCAUACAGGAGACAAACCAUAUUAUUGUGAUAUCUGUGGUAAAUCUUUUUCUCGAAGUGGUGACUUAACUACUCAUAAACAUAUUCAUACAGGUGACAAGCCAUAUCGCUGUGACAUCUGUGGUAAAUCAUUCUCUCAAAAUUAUCAUGUAACUACACACAAACGAAUUCAUACAGGUGAGAAACCAUAUCACUGUAACACCUGUGGUAAGUCCUUCUCUCAUAGAAAUGUCUUAAAUGUUCACAAACGCAUUCACACAGGAGAGAAACCAUAUCAUUGUGAUGUCUGUGGUAAGUCAUUCUCUCAUGGAAAUACCUUAGUUAUUCACAAACAAAUUCAUGCAGGAGAGAAGCCAUGUGAUAUAUGUGAUAAAACUUUUACUUUCACUAGUGACUUAGAGAAACAGAAAUGCAUUCAUGAUAGAGAAAAAACAUAUCAUUGUGAUAUAUGUGAUAAGUCUUUUUCUGAUGGUAGCCACUUAGCUAGACACAAACGCAUUCACACAGGAGAGAAACCAUAUCCCUGUGAUAUCUGUGGUAUGUCAUUUUCCAUUAAUUGUAACUUAACUACUCACAAACGUGUUCAUACUGGAGAAAAGCCAUAUCACUGUGGUGUCUGUGAUAGAUCAUUCUCUCAGAAAGGUCAUCUCUCCACUCACAAGCUCAUUCAUUUAGGAGAAAAACCAUAUCACUGAUAUUUAUGGUCAGUUGUACUCUUUAAAAUGGUAACUUAACUAAAACUACAAUCAUUCAGCAGGAGAGAAACCAUAUCACUGUGAUAUUUCUUGUAAAUAAUAUUCUGCUGGAAAUAAUUUCACUCAAGCACUUUCAUACAGGAUUUACCACAUGUCACUGUGAUAUGUAAAUCAUUCUCUGAAAGUUGCACCUUGGCUACUUGUAGACAUUACUCUUGCAGGAGAGAAAUCUUCCUACUAUGAUGUCUGGUAAGUCAUUCUCUUGGAAAUACCUUAAUCACUUAAAAACUUAUUCAUAUUAGAGUGAAUCCGUAAUCAUUGUGAUAUCCAUGAUAAAUCAUUCUCUCAGGAAGAUAACUUCACCACUUACAAAUGCAUUCAUGUAGGAGAGAAACUAUAUAACUGUGAUGUCUGUGGUAAAUCAUUUUCUCAAAAUUGUAUGUCAACUAAACAUAUGAGAGAAAAUUAACUAUAUCAAUGUCUAAAGCAAUUCCAUUAAAAUGUAUAUAUAUAUAUAUAUAACAUUAUAUG